CUGUGCUUUGGCACUAACAAGAACCUCCACCAGGAAUUGAGACCACAGGUCAGAAUCUAGUUUUCAAAAUACCAGUUAUCUUCAAACUCUUUUCGACCAAUGCGAUUGAAAAUAAUGCGGACAUCUUUCACUGGUGGAAUACCUAAUCCAUCGUAAAUCAAAGAUUUUAUUCUACCAAUGCUUUGAGCUCAUUUAUUUUGCUAAGGCUCUGGUAUGGUUGAAUUUGUCGUUUUUGUAAGUUAGGUCUGUAGAAAGGAACUUAGUGAAUCUUGGAAAGUUCUUUCAGAGGGAUAAUUUCGUCUUUUUGUAUCGUAUAACAUUUCGAAAAAUGUGGAUGUUAACAGAAUAUUUCAUGGUACUUUUUUUACUUCAACUGGGCCAUGUAAACUUAGAACCAUUGGCUACGGACAUACUGAAAAAAAGUUUCAUUGUAGAAACUAACGAUGAAUUGUAUGCAGCAUACCUUUCAAAAAUCAUUGAAGCCCUCUCUUCCUCAAGCUCAAAUGAUGCGGGGCAGUAUGUUUUACAACCAUUUUCAGAAUCUGAUGUUCCAAUUCCUAUCAUAUCAAACAGCUUAGCCGAAAUGCAAGAAUCAAUCGUGUCAUUGCUUGUCGAAGACAGUCAAAAUUGCUCAGCACAUGGUCUAAACAGUUUGGCAUUGUAUAGCGGCCUCAAUAGUUCGGCAUCAAAUUCACUUGUAGUUGUUCUUAGUGGUACAUCUGCUAAACCAGACGGAACUUUCAUUCCGGAAAUUUUAGAUCUCGUCCAGAAAAAGCAACUCAGGGUCAUCUUUCUUGUAUCUGAUGAGUGUACGGAGGAUGAUAUUGACGAUGGACUUCGGCUGAUGGAACAAAUUACGGAAGUUAGUUCGGGCGUAAUAUUUUCAUUGGACACCCUAAAUAUUAGCCAGGUCAUCCGAUUUAUCCAAACAUUUGAGUAUGGUGAAGAUGCAAGUCUUAUAUCCCCAACGUUGUCCUCGCCAGGCGUUAGUUCUUAUGCGUUGAUCGUUGACGAUUCAGUGGAACAGCUUUUAGUGAUCCUAACUGGGCUCGAACCAAUAAUUUCAAUCGCAGAUGUUGAAGGUGAGAAGCUGGAAGAGGAAAGGGACUUUGAGUACAUCGUUGAUUCCAACAAGUUACAGAUUAUUUUCCUGGAAAAUAUUAUUCCUGGUGAAUAUGCAGUAAGUGUGUUUUCCUCAAGUGAUAGCCUGGUUCAAGUUAUUGGUUUUGCACCAAGCCCAAUAGAUGUAAGGUAUAGGUUUUACUACGAGAAGACAGUCGACAUGACGGAGGCAACAGAAAGACCAUACACAGUACAAGGAUCAUACAACUUUAUGCUCAUGCAAAUUGAAAACACCGAAACCAAUGAAUGGUAUGCUCACGAAAUGAUUCAAGAAGUGGAAUUUGUUUCGCUGGUUGGCGAAGUGUUACCAAAAUAUAGCUUUUCUAUGGGCUCAUCAAACUUCGUAACACAAGAGGGCGCAGAUAAUGCUCAUUACGUUCUACAAAUGCAGCCACCGGAGGAUCAUUUCUACAUCAGAAUACGUGGGGUUACUAAGAACCAACCAUUCCAGAGAUCAUCCAAAGUAGCUUACUCUCAAUGGAGACCAGUUCCGACUCAGCCGUCAAGUUUUAUUGUAUUCGAAUUUGAGAACUGUGAUUACGAAGCUAUUUGGUACGAGCCGAAACACAUAUUUACAAAAUCUUUAAUUGGAUACCAGUUCUCUUUUGGAGCGGAGGCAGAUGCAGCAAUAGAUUUCCAGCUACCGUCAAAUGUAACGUCUUACAGAGUGAAACAAUUAGCAAAAGGACUGACUUAUGUAUUUACUGUGGCUGCCAUAAACGAAGCCGGCGUGGGCGAAGCAAUCUCGGUCACCGUGGUCACCCCAACAGACAAACCACGUGCACCACCAACGAACAUUCGUCUCAUUCAGACCACGGAAUCCCUGAUCGAAAUUGCCUGGCAACCACCCAUGGCAGAGAGCCGUGGUGGAAAUAUUAUUGGAUACACAACGAUACAUUAUCGGAUGUCUGAUCCAUGGAAGCGCUAUAGGUUCAACACAAGCAAGAACCAUGUUGUAUUCAAAAAACUGCGUCCAAACACAGAAUAUGGCUUCCAGAUUGCGGCCCAGACCAUAAUCGGCCAAGGACCGUACAGUCAAGCUGUCGUUUUCAAAACACAGUUUCUGGCGAUUCCUAGCAAUGUUAGUCCUACCCAAACACAGACUACUAUCCAGCCACAUAUAGACACCGAUGAGCCGAACGUGGGUAUAGAUUCAGCUUUACAUGGUCCUUCAGAAGUAAAGUCGGUAGAUCAACAAAAUGAACAAAAAUCUCUCAAUAUUGACCCAAAUGAGCAGACACAAAAUGGCCAAUUGAAUGUAACGACUGAUAAACCAAAAAUAGACAAAAUUGACACGGAACUGAAAGCAACAGUUAUACCUGUUAAGGGCGUUACUAUUAUGGAUGAUGUACACUCCAGUUUAGAACUGGGAUCACCUACACCAAGUAAAGAAAAAGCUGUUUCAAACACGACCCCUUCGGAAAGUGAAUUGAAUACUAAAGUGGAAGCUCAAACAGACAACCCGACAGUGUCUCCAGUAUCGGUAGCACGUGGAAAUAACUCGGAUGGAGAUAUUACACGUAAUGACAUAUCAGAUGUUAAAACUGAUACUCAACGAUCAGGAAAUAAAAUAGUUAGAGGAGAUGUCGGGGAAUAUGACGGAUCUUCGUACACUAAUAACAGUUUAUCAAGAAUCAUCGCAUAUCCUGUCAACGACCAAGGUGAAACGGAGUCCAACCAUGGAGAAAAUGGAGGAUCAUUCAUCACCCUUGAAAAAAAGCUUGCAGAUUUGACACAACCAGUUGGUGGCCGUGCAGUAUUUCUUUGUCGAAUAAAAGGGAGCCCGACUGUCAACUACAGCUGGUACCUUGAUAAUGAGAUCAUCGAUGUGCAAACGUUUAAGAAUAUUAGGGAAAAGAUGAUUCCUCACCGAGGAAUGCGCCUUACAAUCCGUGAUUUGACCCUCAUCGACCAGGGCGUAUAUACUUGCCGUGGAGAGAAUGAAUUUGGUAAAAUUGAAACAUCUGCUGUACUCAACGUCAGAUCCGGUCUGACGGGAAUUGUGACCGACCUCCAAGCUCCAAUUGUCUCCAGCAAUGCCGUUACCAUUAAGUGGUUUCCACCAUUACUUCAUCCUAGCGAUGGACCCCUUGUAAACUAUGUCGUAUACAUUUACAAACUGAGCCUGCCAUCGGAGAUAUACAAAUUUGAGACUAACGUCACUGAGCUCGUUUAUGAGAACUUGGAGGCGAACACUGAGUAUGUAUUUAGAGUGCGAGCAGUUACAUCUAAGGGUAAGGGACCGUACUCAUCAUUACCUGUGAAGACUACCGCGGAAGGUAGGUUGAAAUCUUAUGCGUUUAAGAUGAGACGAGCCCGAUUACGCCAGGCGAUGAACAGGAACCUCAACCAGAGCCGAUUACUACACGAGAUUCUGUGA